UCAUACAAGGGAUUCCAACAUUUUCAUGUCAAAUUAUAAACAAGAUGGCGAGCAAGCUGAGUCCUUUUGUUUAUUGGGGCCAGUCAAACGAGACAGUAUCUCUUAAAGUAGAUUUAAGAAAUGUUGAGAAUGUUGAGGUUACUCUAACAAAAGAAAGUUUGGAUUUCAGUGCACAAGGGUUAGGUGUAAAGGGAAACAACAAAUACAACUUCCAUUUAGAUUUUUACUUACCUGUUGAUCCUGAGAAAAGUAGGUACAGGAAAACUGAUCUCGCUGUUGAAUUUCAAAUUGAAAAAUUAGUGGGUGAAACAUGGCCAAGAUUAACUGAGCAACGGAUAAAACUCCCAUGGCUUAAAAUAGACUUUGAUAAAUUCCCACUAGAUGAUUCAGAUGAGGAUGUGGAGGUGGAUAAAGCUAAGAGUUUUGAGGAGAUGCAGAAUAAAAUGGCAGCUGAAUUAGAAAAUCAAGAUAUUUCAGAUAAACCAACCCCGUCACAGACAUACUUGUUUUUGUAUAACCUUUUCCAAUUUGUUGGAUACACGUACAUUUUUAUCACUUUGAUGUACAACUAUGUUAGAUAUGGGGAAUCUGCCAGACAAGCAGCUUUUGAAGGUGUUGGUACACAGAUGAUGACUUGUCAGGCCUUAGCAACUCUGGAAAUAUUCCAUUCACUUUUAGGUUUGGUGAAAUCAAAUGUUCUCAUGGCUCUUGUACAGGUGCUAGGAAGAAACUUUAUACUAUUUAUUUUAAUUCUACAAGAACCACGCCUCCAGAUAUCAUCGUGCUGUUGGUAUCUGUUUGCAGUUUGGGCAUUAGCUGAAGUUAUCAGAUACCCAUUCUAUAUGUUCCAAAUCUUAGAUUUCAAAAUCAGACAGCUUACUUGGCUUCGAUACAACAUGUGGAUAAUCUUGUACCCACUGGGAAUUAUAAUAGAAGCCACAAUUGUUUUUCAGUCCAUAUCCUAUUUUGGUGAAACCAACUUUUUCAGCAUAGCUCUGCCCAAUUCUGGAAAUAUUGCUUUUCAUUUUCCUUAUUUUUUAAUUGCAUAUCUUGCAUUAAUGUGCUUUGGCUCCACAAACAAUCUCAAGUAUAUGUACCUACAAAGGCAGAAACAACUUUACAUUUCUGGUGCAAAAAAUACUCACUCCUCUAAAAACAAAUACACAUAGAUAUGCAUGAGUUCCUUCCCCUGCAUUGAUGUUUUAAAUACUUUAAUUAACAAUAACAUUAUAAUGUUACAGACAAUUAUUGCUUUAUUCGGUUAUUAUAGUAAAAUUAAAAGUUGAUUUUGUUUUAACACUCAUACACAUGAUAUGGAUACUUAUUAUUUGAGAAAGAUUAUUUGUUAGAAAGAGAAUUAUUAAAUUAAAAAAAAGGAUGUAAUAAUAUUAAAUCCAUAAUGCUACUAUUUCUGUAUUUCUUUACUUAUUAAAAAGUUGUAAACAUUGUAAUAUGUGAAACAAGUAUUUGUCAACUCAGUGUAUACAUGAAAGAUAUUUGCCAUCUUGGACAGUAUAAGCUGCAUGUCCCAUCUUUAUAACCUGGGGUAAAAAUUACAGUUCAUUGAUGUUACUGAAAACUAUCAGUCACAACAGUGGCAACCAUUCUCCAUCAGUUACAAUGCACCAUUCUGUUGUCAGCUUUGAAAUGUAGAAUACAUGAUGCUACCUUAAAUGUUCAAAUAAUACAGCACUAACUGCAGAUAUAGGCACUAAAAUAUACGGGUCCGUGGCCAUCAAUCAUUCUAAUCACUAAUUAAAAGUAUUACUUCAAAAGGGCAAUUACUACAUAUGCUAGAAUAUUAAGCAUUUUAGUUUAUUUUUUAUUCUUUUCCUCAAUUGACAUUUUAAAAGUUAAUUUGUUAUUUAAGAUUUUAUUUUAGAUUUGUAAAAGCAGAACAGUAAUGUUGUUCUUAUUAUGGAAUGGUUCAUUGAUUUAAUUCAUUUGUAGUUAUUGUUUAAAUGGCAUUAAAUUUUUCGUUUUAAAAAUAAUUUUUACAUUUUAAAAUAUAUGUUUUAGAAUUUCACUUUUAGUCUACAUAUGCAAAAUAUCACAAGUCAAAUAGUUAUUUUAUGUUGUUUUAAAAAUUUUUAUUAAGCACCUUCUUGAUUAUUAAUAAAAACUAAUUUAUUUAUCUAAUAAUGUUGCAAAAUGUUUUUUUAAAAAUGACGAAUAAUUUUUGUUUACUUGGUUUUUAGUUAUCUGAAUGUAUCGUGAAAUGCUAGUUUUAUCAUUUAUUUGGAAACCAGUGUUGUAAAAAAAAUAUAUUUAAUGAAUUGUAUUCAUUUAAGAUUUUGCAUAGUUAUGUAAUUUUUUCCCCGGUUGUUCUUUUAUUUGUUUUGUAUUAUCAAAGUUUACAAUACUACUAGAUGUUUUAAAAUAACUGUUUUACUUUCUAGUACUGGUUGUAUGAUUUAAAAAUAUCCAUUCUUUUGUAGUAAUUUCUUAAAAUUAAGAGGCAUACAGCUAUACAUUAGUUGUAUCAGUUAAUUUUUAUACUACGUUCUAAUAAUAAUUACUUACUUUUAACUUUUUAAUCAGUGCACCAAUUCUGCUUGGCAAAAUGUUUUACACUUUUGUUUCCUGUAGUCAGAGUGGACUUAAAACAUGGCAGCAUAAUUAUUUUUGCUGUAGACUUGUGUUUUACCCAUUAUGCAAAUAUUAUAUCCUCAUCUUUUAAAACUAUAGUUCUCAAACUUAGCAUGAAGAUUGUAUAUUUUAAUAAGAAAAAAAUAUGUUGCUUACAAUGCUUUUUCCUUUUCUUUUUGUUUUAAAAUGUCAAUUAAAACAGGUUGUUGCUUAAUUAAAUUAACAAAAUAAACAGAAAAUAUUAA